AUGGGCUCCAUUGGAAGCCAGCGCCUCAAGGAGUCCUGUGUGGCAGCCACAUCUGGCCAGAGUGUGGUGACAAGCUUCAGCUUUGACAAUUUCCAGCUAGAGACAACAGCAGAGGGGGCUCAGGAUCCAAGUGUCAGAGUCAGGGGUGUCCCCACUUUCACAGACUCCGCUGUAGAGGAACCUGUGCCAGAUGACCGCUACCAUGCCAUCUACUUUGCCAUGCUGCUGGCUGGCGUGGGCUUCCUACUGCCAUACAACAGCUUUAUCACCGACGUGGACUAUCUUCACCACAAGUACCCAGGGACCUCCAUUGUGUUCGACAUGAGCCUCACCUAUAUCUUGGUGGCGCUGGCGGCUGUGCUGCUGAACAACGUUGUGGUGGAGAGGCUGAACCUGCACACCAGGAUCACCACAGGCUACCUCCUUGCCUUGGGUCCCUUGCUCUUCAUCAGCAUAUGCGAUGUGUGGCUGCAGCUCUUCUCUCACGACCAGGCUUAUGCCAUCAACCUGGCUGCCGUGGGCACCGUGGCUUUUGGAUGCACAGUGCAGCAAUCCAGCUUCUAUGGCUACACGGGACUACUGCCCAAGAGGUACACGCAAGGCGUGAUGACUGGAGAGAGUACUGCAGGGGUGAUGAUCUCUCUGAGCCGGAUCCUCACGAAACUGCUGCUCCCGGAUGAGCGUGCCAGCACCAUCAUCUUCUUCCUGGUCUCCGCGGGGCUGGAGCUGCUCUGCUUCCUGCUGCACCUGUUGGUGCGGCGUAGCCGCUUCGUGCUCUACUACACCACACGGCCUCGUGACAGCCGCCCCGUCCGGGCAGGCUACCGGGUGCACCAUGAUGUCGCCUCAGGAGACAUCCACUUUGAGCACCAAACCCCAUCCCUGUCCAGCAGCAGGUCCCCGAAGGACAGCCCAGCCCAUGAGGUGACCCACAGCAGCAGUGGGGCCUACAUGCGUUUCGAUGUGCCUCAUCCGCGAGUCAAACGGAGCUGGCCCACCUUCAGGGCUCUGCUGUUGCACCGAUAUGUUGUGGCGCGGGUCAUCUGGGCCGACAUGCUGUCCAUUGCGGUCACCUAUUUCAUUACACUGUGCCUGUUCCCUGGCCUGGAGUCCGAGAUCCGCCACUGUGUGCUGGGCGAGUGGCUGCCCAUCCUCGUCAUGGCCGUGUUCAACUUAUCAGACUUCGUAGGCAAGAUCCUGGCAGCCUUACCCGUGGACUGGCGGGGCACUCAUCUGCUUGCCUGUUCUUGCCUCCGCGUGGUCUUCAUCCCUCUGUUCAUUCUGUGCGUCUACCCCAGUGGCAUGCCCACCCUCCGCCACCCCGCCUGGCCCUGCGUCUUCUCGCUGCUCAUGGGCAUCAGCAAUGGCUACUUUGGCAGUGUGCCCAUGAUCCUGGCAGCCGGGAAAGUGAGCCCCAAGCAGCGGGAGCUGGCAGGAAAUACCAUGACCGUGUCCUAUAUGUCGGGGCUAACCCUGGGCUCUGCUGUGGCCUACUGCACCUACAGCCUCACCCGUGAUGCCCACAGCAGCUGCUUCCAAACGGCCACCGCCAACGACUCCAUCCCUGUCGGCCCCUGAGCUAGGCCCACCUGACCCUGCCCACUGCCCAGGGAGGGCUGCUCAGGCCAGCCACCCCAAGGCCUGAGGACCCUCCCCACCCCUGCCUCAGUGCCUGCGGGGUCCUGGCCGCCUCCUAAGCCACUAAUGCCACCUCGCCACUUCAUUCCAGUUGCCCACUGCAACUGGAACUUGCCUUCAUCACCCGGGGCGCUUCCUACCCCACGUUCUGUGUUUGCUCAGACACCUGCUCUUCACCCUCUAUGUCCAGAGGCCCGACAUCUGUCACGUCAGCGUGUUGGGGUCAUUCAGACUCAAAGCCACCAGAAUGGCUGCUCACAAGUCUGAGUGACUCCCUUCCCUAUGACCCCACCAUGGGGUCUGCUACAAAAAUCCAUGGUCGUCAAUGUGGUUUUCACUUAUUGGGUAGGUGGCACAUUCUCAUGAGUAUUAGAAAUCCUGAAGGAAAGGGACAGUCCCCAGUUCCAUUCUGUCCCCUUCUUA